GGUUGCGAGCGGCCAUCAUGAAGGAUUUUGUGGGGUUACGAUAUUCCUUGCUUUUCUGCAUGAUUUUGGCUUUUUCUGAGCAAGAGUCAGUGUCCACAGGAUGUACUACCUCUACCUUCCAGGCUGUGGUUCCACCGACUCUGCUUGGUCACGAUCACUUCUUACAUUCUGAUGAAGUGUCUCUGGGAACUGGCUGUCCUGUAACUAACAUAACUGAGAAGGGGUAUGAGUUUAAUUAUCUUGUCACCGAGUGUGGGAUUCAGAAAGAGGUUUUUGCCAAUGGAGUGAUUUUUUAUUCAAUUCUCUAUUAUAACAUAGUGCACAAAGGAAUCACUGGAAAAGCUCUUUUAAGGUGUAUUGUUUUCAGCUCAUCAUUUUCGGACAGCAUUCCAAGCACUACCAACAACAAUCUAACAAAGUUCAAAAAUGGCAUUCCUUCUUCCAAGUCUCGUUCUUCCUGGAGCUUAACCAACCCUUGCCUGCUUGGCUUGCCUUGGAUUCCAUACUUCCAAAACCCCUCGGUAAAGCCACCCCAUCAGUCACUUCUACUUAAAAUGCCUCAUCCUUGUGAUUCAUAAGAGUGCCCCCAUGGCUAUGUUCUAGAUUAUUCUAUAGCAAUCUUGAUAACUAUUGUGAUAGCAAUCUUAAAUUUAAUUUUAAAUCCAGUCAUCCUAGAUUUUGGAAGUUUCUGGUGCCACCUUCUGAGAGGCCAUCUAGAAGUUAGGGUUCA